UUUCUCUAUAUAUAUUUCUCUGCUCUCUUUUGCCAUCACCAAUUUGUAUUUCUGAGAAAUUUUCGAAACUUCUCUCCCUAAGAAUCUUGCAGAAAAAUUCUCUGCGUAAGUUACAGAGGAUUAUAAUGGCGCCUGCUAUCAUGAAUGAGGAAGCUAAUGGAAUGGGUGAUAAAGGACCCACUCUGCAAACUCCUUACGGAAUGACCCUUUUCGUUUUAUCUCAUAGAGUUGUUAUGGCGCCAAUGACGAGAUGCAGAGCAUUAAAUCACGUUCCGCAGGAUUCUCACGUGGAAUAUUACUCACAGAGGGCUACUAAUGGCGGACUUAUAAUCACAGAAGCAAGUGCUGUUGCACCAGAGGGAUUUGGGUUCCCAAACUCACCGGGGAUUUACACGGAGGAGCAAAUCGAAGCAUGGAGGCGUGUGGUGAGUGCAGUGCAUAAAAGAGGAGGAAUAAUUUUCUGUCAAAUUUGGCACGUCGGCCGGGCUUCUCACAUAGUGUACCAGCCGGGACAACUUCCGCCGGUGUCGUCUACUGACCACGUCCUGCCGGAAAACCUGUCAAUUCAGUUGCCGGACGGAAGUUACGGCAAAUAUUCACCGCCAACUGCCUUGACCACCGAACAAAUUCCUCACAUAGUAGAGCAAUUCCGGCGGGCCGCCAAGAACGCACUAUUAGCCGGAUUCGACGGAGUGGAGAUCCAUGGCGCGCACGGUUACCUGAUAGACCAGUUCAGCAAGAACGGCAUAAAUGACCGGAACGACCGGUAUGGCGGGUCAAUUGAAAACCGGUGCCGGUUCAUGCUCGAAGUUUUGAAAGCCGUGACGGAAGAAAUUGGGGAAAGUCGUACGGCACUGAGAAUAUCCCCCAUUAUCGAUCAUUUACAGGCAACUGAUUCCGAUCCUCAUGCUCUGGGCAUGUAUAUGGUGGAGCAACUGAACCAGUUCAAUUUGGCUUACUUGCAUGUAACUGAACCGCGAUUUACAGCAAAGGGAACGGUGGAAUUUAAAGGGGAUUGCAGUUGGCUGAGAAAGGCAUUUAAAGGAACUUUUGUUAGCAGUGGCGGAUAUGACAAAGAGAAAGGGGAAAUCGCUGUAAAUAGCGGUUAUGCCGAUCUGGUUUCGUAUGGAAGGCUCUUUAUUUCUAACCCUGAUCUGCCUCUGCGCUUCUUUAAUGGCGUUCCUCUAAAUCCUUAUGAUAGAUCUACGUUCUAUACUCAUGAUCAGGUCAUUGGCUAUACUGAUUAUCCUGCUCAUUCUUCAACCCUCUGUUUGUCCAACCGCAAAGAUUCAGAUUUUUGAAAAAAAAUUUAUAGUAGAUUUAAGAAAAAGAAUUACAGAAAAAUAACCAGGAUCAGCAAAGCUUUCAGCGUGAUUUCUGAAAAAAAAAUUUACAGAAGUUUUGCCGUUCUGUGAUAGAACGAAACAAAUUUUUGUGGUGUUUUUUAAAAUGAAAAUCAGAUCUGAAAAUUUUGUUUACA